AAGAGGAGCGUAGGGGCCUAGAGAGCUCCGUGGAGAAACUGUGUGAGGCUGGAGGCCGGCGGGAGAGGUGUCCGGAGUGAACUGAACCGAGAGGGAACUCCAUUUGCCGGAUAGCGCGAGGAGGCCGGCUAGAGGGGGGACAGAAGGACGGCAGGGAGGACCAGCAUGCCCCCACUGCUGCACCCCGCCCUGCUGCUGCUCCUGGGCGCCACGCUGACCUUCCGGGCACUCCGGCGCGCGCUCAGUCGCCUACCUCUGCCCGCUCACGUGCGUGCUGACCCCCUGCGCACCUGGCGCUGGCACAACCUACUCGUCUCGUUCGCCCAUUCCAUUGUGUCAGGGAUCUGGGCUUUGCUGUGUGUGUGGCAGACCCCAGAACUGCUAGUAGAGAUUGAGACGGCAUGGUCGCUUUCUGGCUACCUGCUCGUUUGCUUUUCUGCAGGUUAUUUCAUCCACGACACUGUGGACAUCGUGGUUAGUUGUCAGGCUCGAGCUUCUUGGGAAUACCUGGUCCAUCAUGUCAUGGCCAUGGGUGCCUUCUUUUCAGGCAUCUUUCGGAGCAGUUUUGUAGGUGGGGGUGUCAUAACACUACUGGUAGAGGUCAGCAACAUUUUCCUCACCAUUCGCAUGAUGAUGAAGAUCAACAAUGCCCAGAAUCACCUCCUGUACCGGAUCAACAAGUAUGUCAACUUGAUCAUGUAUUUUCUCUUCCGACUGGCCCCCCAGGCCUACCUCACCUAUUUCUUCCUGCAAUAUGUGGGUCAGGGAACCCAAGGCACCUUCCUGCUGGGUAUCCUGCUCAUGCUGGACAUCAUGAUCCUCAUCUACUUUUCCCGCCUCCUCCGCUCGGACUUUUGCCCUGAACGUGUGCCUAGCCCACAACACAAAGACAAGUUCUUAACAGAGUGAGAGGCACAGAGCCUGCAACUUGUGGCAAGGACAGCAAACAGCCAAGAACAGCCUCACUCAUAAACUGAAGUCAAGACUAAGACCCAAAGCUGGGGCAUCUGGGUUCUCCACCUUUCAAGCCUGCAUCCACUAUUGAAAACACUCUCUGAAGUCCUUGUCCUUCCUUGGGCAAGGGUGAGGGAAGCAGACAGACCGGUUGGACAUGGUAGAUGGGUGUGGGGACAAGGUGCUACCCAGCCCACACUGCCCUGAAAUGGAUGCUAAUGAACUCCAUCCAGGUAUUGGUUUCAUACAAAGCCUCUUCUUCCAGGGAUAAAAGGGGUUCUGAUAAAA